AUGUCGGUCAGAAACUUGACGAGCGGAACAAGUGAAGCUUCUGGGCAAGGUUCGUCAUCGUCACCGCCGGAUGGAGACAUGGAACGGUCAAGAAAUGGCAGAUCAAGUAGUGACGUUAAGAAUCCGUUUUCCGACUACUCCGCAGCUGAAGAAGAGGAUGAACCACGGGUUUAUACGUCUCAAAGCGGUAGCGAUGCGUCCCUGAUUGAACACGCACAGGAUAAGAGUGGUGAAAUCGCCGCGGGAGCAGCGAUUUCGGACUACAAGGGCUAUUAUUCUCGGAAUGGAGGCGCAAGACGCGGUAGCAGGCAGGGCCACCUGCGAGUUCCGGCGGCGUUACCUUCAAGCAGCACUCUCAGUUCGAAUGCCGGAAUCUCAAACAACGACAUUAUGUCUCCACCCGCGUUCGACCGUUACCCACUUGUCGGGUCACGUGUUGCUUCGAUGGCCGCAGUAAACCCACAUAUACAAGGUGCGUCGGGUACGUCAGGAACUCCCGUUGGUGCCUCCACGGCAGCGGACCAAGACAGGUCAGCAUUACCUCAUAACAACUCAUCGUCAUCGAUAUCGUCUUCAAAUCCAUUUUUGAGCGACCAAGAUUUUUCACCUUUUGGUGGGUAUCCUGCAACUUCUUUCCCGCUUCUUAUGGAUGAAAAAGAGGAUGAUGAUUAUUUGCACAAUCCUGAUCCUGAGGAAGAGGCGCGGCUUGAUCGCAAGAGAUUUGCACUCGAUUUCAAGCACAUGGACAAACGGUCCAUAGGUGGACUGCUGGGGUUCUUGUUACUGUUCUUGGGAGGUGUGGCCGUUUUUGUCGUUUUGCCAGUUAUUACCUACACAGGUGCUACUGACCACGGAAGAGCUUCGGUGGUCCCACUAUUGACUUUGUACCAGUAUCCCCAACUUUCUGCUAUCAGAACAAAACUAGUGGAUCCCGACACUCCGUCGAAUGCGCAAACACGUGUUGCAAGAGACGGUUCCAAAUGGCCAUUAGUAUUUUCAGAUGAAUUCAAUGCAGAGGGAAGAACUUUCUACGAAGGCGAUGAUCAAUUCUGGACUGCCGUGGAUAUUAACUAUGCAUCCACUAAUGAUUUGGAAUGGUAUACUCCAGACGCAGUAACUACCACGGAAGGUGCAGCUCGUCUGAGGAUGGAUGCCUACAAGAAUCACGAUCUUUUCUACCGGUCUGGUAUGUUGCAAAGCUGGAAUAAAAUGUGUUUUACCCAAGGUAUCCUAGAAAUUUCCGCGAAUUUGCCCAAUUAUGGACGUGUGACAGGUUUGUGGCCCGGUAUGUGGACUUUGGGGAAUUUAGGGAGACCCGGUUACAGAGCGAGUACUGAAGGUGUUUGGCCUUAUUCUUAUGAGGCUUGUGACGCUGGCAUCACUCCAAACCAAAGCUCUUCGGACGGUAUCUCGUAUUUACCUGGUCAAAAGUUGAGCAUUUGCACUUGUGAUGGUGAAGAUCAUCCUAAUCAAGGUGUCGGUAGAGGGGCCUCUGAAAUCGAUGUCAUUGAAGCGGAAGCCGAUACUAAAUUGGGGGUCGGUUUGGCCUCUCAAUCGCUACAAAUCGCUCCUUUUGAUAUCUGGUAUAUUCCUGACUACGAAUUUUUAGAAAUUCACAAUCAGUCAACUACAGUGGUUAACACCUACUGUGGUGGUCCAAUCCAACAAGCCGUGUCUGCAGUGACAACUUUGAACACAACCUGGUACGAAUAUGGUCCCGACGCAGGCUACUUCCAAAAAUAUUCGUUUGAAUAUCUCAACGAUCGUGACACGGGUUACAUCCAAUGGUACGUGGGUGACAAUCCGACUUUCACUAUAAAUGCCAUGGCUUUGCAUCCCAACGGUAACGUUGACUGGAGAUACAUUAGCCGAGAACCAAUGUCUGUGGUUAUGAAUUUGGGUUUAUCUAACAGUUGGGCCUACAUUGAUUGGGCUGCCAUUUAUUUCCCCGUGACGAUGAGUAUUGACUAUGUGAGAGUUUACCAACCGAGCAACAAUCAAAGCAUAACAUGUGAUCCUGAAAACUAUCCAACAUAUGACUACAUUCAAAAACAUCUAAAUGCUUAUCAAGACGCCAAUUUGACGUCUUGGGAGGAAGCAGGCUACACUUUUCCUAAGAACGUACUUACUGGAAACUGCAAAAGCUCCAAGUUUUCGUUUUAG